AAAUUAAAUGAAACUGUAAAAACAGGUGAAAAAUAAAAUAAAGUAAAAAAAAGAAAAGAAAAGAAAAAAUCUAUGAUGAUCAUGAUCUGGUUAGCUGCACAAGGUUGAUGAAACUAGACCAGGCAAAACAGCUAGUGGGACCCAUAUUUUAAAUAACCCCAACCGCGUGGGCAACAGAGAUAGAGAGAAGGACUUGACGAAGACUUUCUCACUCUUCCACUUCCUAACCAGUCGGACUGGGAAUGGAAACUCUCAUUCUCUCUCUAGCUCACUCAAAUUCCACUCAUAUUACUCUAGUGGUUUUCUCAGGUAAAAACCUGACCAUUCACAUGGGCAAUUUUGUCAUUUCACAUACUCUUAAUCUUCGACACCAAUAAUCUCUCUCCCACACUGCUAUAGCUGCCUCAUAACUCAGUUCUAGUUACUCCCUCUAAACCAUUGUGAGAGAGAGAGAAAGAGAAAGCUCUUUUUAGAGAGAGAAAGAGAGAAGGAUAUGAAAGACAUUGUAUAAACUCUCAUAUGGAAUACAGUCAGCGCAAAGUUUAAGUCUUCAUAUUACCAUCUCACCUCUCACUUUUACUACUUUACUUGCUAUAUUGGUUCGAAACGACGUCGCACAUAGUUGAAGCAAGCUCGUGCGCCGGGGAGAAAAAAAGAAAGUAAAAUAGGAUGCUAGACUACGAAUGGGGAAGAGUGUCUGCGAUGAUGCUCACGGGCGAAGAGCACGAACAACCACCUGGAUCCGACCCUAACCGUCACAACAUUCUCGACCACUACGCAAACGCCGCCGCUCAGACCGCUUUCAACGACAACCUCCUGGCUGCUCAGCCCGGAACCAACGGCUCCGCCUUCGCUAACCACCACUUCAACACUACAGCUACUCAUAAUCAGAAUCACCACCACCACCACAACCACCAUCACGAUUCGCAAGCCCAAGUCCACUCUACCCACCACGUCCACCCAUCCCUAUAUGACCCACGCUCUUACUCUGGUGCGUCUUCCUACGCGCCGCAGCACCCGUCCAUGCUGUCCCUCGAUCCCGUACUCGGUGGGGGAGGAGGGGGUGGAGGUGGGCACGGGGGAUCGGGUGGGUUCAUGCUGGUGCCCAAGAGUGAGGAUAUGUGCCGUCCACCGGUGGAUUUCUCAUCAAGAAUUGGGCUGAAUUUGGGUGGCCGGACUUAUUUCUCCUCGGAGGACGACUUCAUGAACAGGCUUUACCGGCGGCCCAGGCCGCUUGAUCCAGCCUCGGCUCACUCACCGAGGUGCCAGGCCGAGGGCUGCAAUGCCGAUCUCUCCCACGCCAAGCACUACCACCGCCGCCACAAGGUCUGCGAGUUCCAUUCCAAAGCUUCCACCGUCAUCGCCGCUGGGUUGACUCAGCGAUUUUGCCAGCAGUGCAGCAGAUUCCAUAUCCUUUCUGAGUUUGAUAAUGGCAAGCGCAGUUGCCGGAAGAGGUUGGCCGAUCACAAUCGUCGCCGGAGAAAAACUCAGCAGCCAAUUAAUCAAGAAAAUUCCAAUAAGUCUUUACAACCCGAAAUAAAUACCCGACAUCCAUCGUCAGAUAACGUUUCAAGGUCCCCGCCGGAUUCUGGAGCUCAAUCGACGUCGUCGGUGACGGUAGCACUGUCGCCGCCUCGAAUUUCGCUUGAUUGUUUCCGGCAAAGAUCAUACCAAACGACUACCGCUUCUUCAGGAUCAUCAGCUCACUCUUUUUCUCAAGUGGGUAAAAGAAAUGGAGCGGAUCAAGUAUAUCUACGUACGAACGCAUGGGCUUUAUUGUAGGUUCCAACUUUCAGGGAGGAUUUUAGCAAAAUAACAUUUGUUUUAAGUGAUAUCUAGUGUUACUUUUCCGUGAAUUUAAGUUUGAGUCUAAUGGAGCUUAUGAAGUCUUUUUUUUUUCUUGUUCUUUUUUUUUUUUUGAGAUGGAAUGAAAUUCCCAAUUGGCCCUUUUCCUCUGUACUUUGAUCAAAAUAUGUUCGAAAAGAAAAAAAAAUUGAAGGGGCGUGAAAAAGCUUUUAAUUUAUUGGAAAAAUUGGAACUUUUCCAAUGUAAGGAUCUGUUUGGUUUCAGAGAAAAUUGUGGAAAGCACGGGUGGUUCAAGGUCUACUUUCACUUUGGGCAUCUGCAUUAUUUACUUUUUGUCCGGAACUGGAAUUUUCCUGGAAAAUGCAGUUAACACGUAUAGAAAAGAUAAAAAUAGACCACGUGGUAUACUAUAUUUUGUUGUUAUUGUUAUUAAUCUUUAAAUUAUUCAAUAAUAAUAAAGAAGUUAGAAGAGUGCCCUGAA